AUGGCACAGGCUUUAGUGCAUUGGCAUCGCAUCCUUCUCUCCUUGGUCGCCGCUUGUCCCGUCGACGGUCCCCUUUCAACUUUUACAGCUCACUUUGAACCCCGGCAGACGUCCCGGUAUCAAGUCCCGAAGGCUGAGGCUUCAGCCCAUACAUCAAAAUCUACACUUCCAAGCAACAGUGUCAAUACGCUCAAGCAGCCCAUCAUGUCUUCAGUCAUGUCGGAAAAGUCGACCUCUCGAUCGAAGCGCAACUCCCCAAAACGCAGUCUUGCGCCCAGCUCAGCAACAAGCGACGCAAAACGCCGCAAGAGCGAGCACGUCAAGAAAUUCACCGAAAUGAAACUCGACGACGUCGAACAGAUCUUUCAGAAGUCCCAGACCUACAUGGAUGCCACAAAGGCUAUGACCGGUGCACAGCAGACGCUUUCGAGCGCCAUGGUCAGGAAAGCGAAUGCGACGAAGGGCGUCGUGAGACUUGCAAUGAUCAAGGAUGCCAGAGAAGCAAUUGAGAAGCGGGACAACCUGCAGACUCAAGUCGAAAAACAGAAGAAGGAGCUCCUUGCGGUGGAAACCAAGCUCUUGAUGUGGGACAACAUCGCCAAUAUGGCGGUAGAGAAUCUCAAGGAAGAUGAUCUGGAGCACCUGUUCCAGUUCCAGGGGUAG